ACAGACCUGGCAACCCAGGAGUUUUCGUCCCUCGCUUGUCACACAACCAACAUCACCUUGAAAUGAGAGACGUCAGGAGUCGUGGAUCCCAGCCAAACAAAGCAACUAUAUUAAACAAGGAGCUGUGACUGCGCUAACUAGGACGUGGCUAAUUGGACUGUUCCUGAUCGGUCCUGGGAAACCAGCUUGGAUCCAUUCACCAGAGGCCCGUGAUGAUGACGAUAACUUGAGCCUAAAGCUUUGGUUUGUUGGACCCUAGUCUGCUUCCUCCUGCUAGCGGGCCGCUCUAAGCCGCCUGAUUGGAGGGGCUCCACGGGUGCUCUCUCCCGAUUGACCAGCAGACAGCUGGUCUUCAUAUGGCGCAGACGGAAGGCCAAGCUAGGUCUGACUGAAACUAGCAGCUCUCUUGCUGCUGGCAACAGAAGCGUUUCCUCAACAACUAUCUCCAACAACCCUGCUUUGUAUCAGCACCAGCCCCUUCACCCCAUCAAUCAGCCUUCUGAAGGUCGCCAACAUGUCCCGCGAUCUGUAUUACCCCCAUUCCCCUGAGAGCCAGGAUUCUCCACAGCGCCCCUACCAACCUGCAAGUUCCCAUGUAGGUCCUGAAAAUGUUGGUGAGCCUUCUCACAUUGUCCCUGGUUCUACCCAUGCAUCUUAUAGAGUCUACGCCGAUACCUCUAUGAAUCCCAGCCACAUGUACCCGUCGAUGCACCCUGGGUCUAUGGGCUAUAUCCCUGUUCAGAGUAAGCCAACCACUGAAUUGGAGACUUCCAUUGAUGUCCACAUCACAAGAACCCGACAGGAAGCGGGCCUCCAAUCGAUGUUAAUGAAUCCGUUGCCAGACGAGAAUACUCAUACAACAGCUUGGCCUCUGGGAUCUCUGGAUUUGGCGCCCACUGGCUAUAGAUCAUCACUGCCCAUCUCCGAUGGACAGUUUUCUAGAUAUUCGGAAACGAUGCCAAGUGGUGCCCCAAAUAGCCAUUGGCCUUCGGGCCAACAAACAAGCAAUUAUCACUCCACUUCAUUCUCUCCCACUGCAACAAACGUUCUCCCAUCACAUUACUCCCAAUCUUCUGAGCGAUAUCCAGUCGCCCGUCAUUCAAGUGGCGAUGAAUAUGUUAGCAACAACAGGUCUUCUACUGCAGGAGCAGAUUCUGCACCGUCUCCUCGAUCGUCACUGGCCUAUGAGCAUCCUUCCACCUCCGGAGAGGCUGAUAACAACCAGACCAGAUUCACCUGUGAGUCAGCCAUGGACAUCCUCAAACGCUUUGACCUUCAGGAAGAAGACUUAGAGGAUCUCUGUGCGUACUCAGAAGACCAGCUCUCUCCCGCCAACCUACCCUACCUGCUGCGAGACAUCCGCCAAAAGAAGGCAAAAAACUCAUCGGCUGCCUCUCAGUCAAGCAAGGGCCACCAGGCUCAAGGCAGCCAGCGUGCCCCAGAAACCACGGUGGCGUCCGGGGCCGAUGUAAAGCGUGAGGCGCAAGCUCCUCCUACCUUUCAGCAGCCAAGUAAAGUGAUUGAAUACGGACAUACAAGUACAUAUUCCUUAGGCUUCUGUGAAGAAGAAAAGGAUGGAGGACACCGCAGCAGCAGUUACAUGAGCCAAAUGCGGGACACUCAACCAAUGGAUGCAUCACCAGCCAAACCCGGUGUUCCGGCGUUCUCCAAUGGCUCACAGAGAUCCAACAUCUCUUCUGCUGUUUACAGUCAUUUACCAAACCUGAAGGCUUCCCUGAGCCAUAGGCCGGCCACCCAGUUGAUCCAGACUUCCAUCGCUUCCCCAAAGAAGGAACCUAUUGCGCUGCAGCCAGCAGCACCUGAUGCUAAACCUACUGCCGCCAAUAUCAUACCUAAGAGGGAUUCCGAUGCCGAUCGUAUGGCGUCUUCAGGAUGUCAAAAAGCAGCUCUGGGUGCCGGAAUUACCAUUCACAGACCAGCUCCAGAUACUGGAACUAAGAGUGAAAGACCAGCACCAGGUACAGGAACAACAAGCCAAAGGCCAGCUCCAGGCCCCAGAAGUACCAGUCACAGUCCCGCUCCAGGCGUUGGAACUACCAUUCAAAAACCAGCACCAGGCAUAGGAACUUUCAGUCACAAACCCGCUCCAGGACCUGGGAAUACAAGUCAGAGACCAGCUCCAGCCACCGAUCCAGGGCCAAUUCCCAUCCCCAGGUCCAUCCCUACGAACCAGGGGCCGCCUCCAGCAUCUGAUAAAUCCAUCCAGAGAGAUCCGCCAGUCAAACCAGCCGACGAGAGAGUGCCGACGGCGGCCAUGAUCAGCGACUACAUGGGUGUCAAACCUGAUCUUUACCCCCACACCUGUAGUCUCUGUAACAAACCCUGUUUUGGCAUGAAGGGCUGGCUGGAACACAGGAAUCACAUAGUCCACCUUGCCCGUUGCAGACUUCUACGCAGGCAGUAUUCUGAAUGGGAGCCGGAUACAGUUUCACUUGAGUAUUCUGAAUGGGAGCAGGAUACAGUUUCACUUGAGUAUUCUGAAUGGGAGCUGGAUACAGUUUCACUUGACUCGACCCCUGACGAAUCCCUGCAACCCCCCACGACAACCGCAGUCCUCGCCUCCUCCCUGAGUUCCAGGCCCACUCUACAGGCAACCAGCCAUGGAGGUCCUGCCCCAUCAAACUCUGCACCUCCCUUGCCGAGGAGGAAUUUGGAAGCACUCGCGUCUUGGACUCCACCGAGGAAGAGAUCAAGGUCAAAGUCUUCAGGAAGGAACGGAUCGAGGUCUCCACAGACAAAGGGUUCAAGGUCUCCACGGACGAAGAGGUCAAGGUCUCCACGGACGAAGAGGUCAAGGUCAAAGUCUUCAGGAAGGAAGCGGUCGGGUUUAAGGAAGAGGUCAACUUCGCCAGCGAGUUUGCGGUCCCCAGAUUGGAAGCAAACCAGCGGGAAAGCUAGCUCACCCCGUAGCUCCAGACCUAUCCACAGCCGUAGAAGCCGCUCCCGUUCCUCGUCAAGCUCCUCCCCCAGCAAAAGGUCGUCCUCACCAGCCAGGAGAUCUAGGCGAAGCUCUGGGUCCCCACGAAGGGGUCGGGGGUCACGAUCAGCCCGACAUGCACGUGGUACCAGACCCAACCGCAGGUCCCGCUCUGGGUCUCGAUCCCCUCACCCCUCCUCUCAGCGAAGACGGUCGCGCAGUCACGAUGGGAGGUCUUCGGGUCGCAGACAAGAGGAGACCAGCGUAGAACAGCUGGCCAAGAAACUACUGGAAUCCUCUGGUGUCCAGAGCUUCACUGGCUCCUCCAGUCUAGAGCUUGUGGUCCAGACUCUGGCCCCAGUGCUGCUGGCAGAGCUGGCCAAGCUGAAGGCCGCUUCAUCAUCAUCCUCUGACUCAUCUAAAGAUCAAAAAAAGCCAUCCUCCUCCUCGUCAUCUAGACAUGAACAGAAGCAGUCAUCCUCCUCAUCUAGAGACGAGAAGAAGCCAUCCUCCUCCUCUAGAGAUGAACAGAAGCCAUCAUCCUCAUCAUCUAGAGACGAGAAGAAGCCAUCCUCCUCCUCUAGAGAUGAACAGAAGCCUACAUCCUCAUCAUCUAGAGACGAGAAGAAGCCAUCCUCCUCCUCUAGAGAUGAAAAGAAGCAGUCAUCCUCCUCAUCUAAAGACGAGAGGAAGCCAUCCUCCUCUUCCUCAUCUAGAGAUGAACAGAAGCAGGCAUCCACUUCUUCGACCAAUGGAGGGAAUGAACCACCUUUGUCCUCUUCCUCUGUUAAGGGAAUCAAGAAGGUGCUGGUUAAGAAGAGUGAACCAACUAAAUCUGCAAAACCUCCAGGGUCGGGCCUCCUGGGAUUCGUACCGGCCCACCCUCCCCUGCUCCUGUCUGGGCUUCCCUCCAAGGUCACCCAGCAGCAGGUGUUCUCCGCUGUGGAAAAGUUCGGAAAAAGCAGACUCGUUUCUGUGGCGCAACAGCGACAAGAGGCCACGGUGUACUUUCUACAAGAAGCUGCCACUCAUGCCUUGCUCAGCUUUACGGAGCUGAAGAUUGGUGGAAAUCCAAUCACUGUGACACAGAUAGCGGUACCUGGGACAACAACAGUGCCACACCUUCUUCCGACCCCGGUUUCUUCCGUCCAAGUAAAAAGCUCUGUGGCAGAAGCUCUUGUGGCAGAACCUCCCUCAAUUUCCUUGCAAAGCCACAAGACGACCGCGCCCGGUAUCAAAAUGACCACACCCGCUACCAAAGGGACCACGCCUGGCAGCAAGAAGGCCACGCCUGGCAGCCAGAAGGCCACGCCUGGCAGCCAGAAGGCCACGCCUGGCAGCCAGAAGGCCACGCCUGGCAGCCAGAAGGCCACGCCUGGCAACCAGAAGGCCUCGCCUGGCAACCAGAAGGCCACGCCUGGCAACCAGAAGGCCACGCCUGGCAACCAGAAAACCACGCCUGGCAACCAGAAAACCACGCCUGGCAAAAAGACGUCUAUGCCCAGCAAGUCAACAACCACGCCUGACAACAAGGUGACAACACCCGGCAACAAGGCGGCCUCGCCUGGUAACAAGACUGCCACGCCUGGCAGCACGACCAUGCCCAGCAAAAAGAUGAUACCUGGCAACACCAUAACCACGCCUGUCAACAAGACGGCCACACCCGCCAACAAGAUGGCCCCGCCCGUUAACGUAACGAUCACACCUGGCAGCGACACGACCACAACCAGCAACAAAGCAACCAUGUCUGAAAACAAGACGACCACACCCGGCAACAAGACGACUGUUCUCUGCAAAACGACAUCCAUGCCUAGAAACACAACGACUGUGCCUGGCAGCACAGCAAUGCCCGGCGACAAGAUGACCACACCCGGCAACAAGACUGCCACACCUGGCAGUAAAACGACCACAACCGGAAACACAACAACCAUAACUGAAAACAAGACGACCACACCCGACAACAAGGCGGCCACGCCUGGUAACGAGAUUGCCACGCCUGGUAGCACAACAACCAUGCCCAGCAAAAAGAAGAUAACCCCUGGCCACACCAUAACCACGCCUGUCAACAAGACGGCCACACCUGGCGACAAGAUGGCCCCGCCCGUUAACGUAACGAUCACACCUGGCAGCGGCACGACCACAACCGGCAACACAACAACCACGCCUGGAAACAAGGUGACCACACCCGGCAACAACACAGCCACGCCUGGCAAAAAGACCGCCCUGCCUGGCACAGCACCAAUUAUGCCUGGCAACGAGACUGCAACCCCUGGCAACACAACAGCCACGCCUGUCAAGAACACUACCAUGCCAAGCAACGCAACAACCUUGCCUUACAACAAGACGACCACACCCGGCAACAAGAAGACUGUUCUCUCCAAAACGACAUCCAUGCCUAGCAACACAACGACUGUGCCUGGCAGCACAACAACGCCCGGUAACAAGACGACGACACCCGGCAACAAGACGCCCACACCCGGUAACAAGAUUGCCACGCCUGGUAGCACAACAACCAUGCCCAGCAAAAAGAAGAUAUCCCCUGGCAACACCAUAACCACGCCUGUCAACAAGACGGCCACACACGGCGACAAGAUGGCCCCGCCCGUUGACGUAACGAUCACACCUGGCAGCGACACGACCACAACCGGCAGCACAACAACCACGCCUGACAACAAGGUAACCACACCCGGCAACAACACAGCCACGCCUGGUAAAAAGACCGCCCUGCCUGGCACAGCACCAAUUAUGCCUGGCAACGAGACCGCAACCCCUGGCAACACAACAGACACGCCUGUCAAGAACACUACCAUGCCAAGCAACGCAACAACCUUGCCUGACAACAAGACGACCACACCCGACAUCAAGACGACUGUUCUCUGCAAAACGACAUCCAUGCCUACUAACAAAACGACUGUUCCUGGCAGCACAACAACGCCCGGCAACAAGAUGACCACACCCGGGAACAAGGCGGCAACGCCGGGUAACAAGAUUACCACACCCAGCAACAAGGUGGCCUCGCCUGGCAACAAGGCGACCAUGCCUGGCAGCACGACCAUGCUCAGCAAAAAGAAGAUAACUCCUGGCAACACCAUAACCAGGCCUGUCAACAAGACGGCCACACCCGGCAACAAGAUGGCCCCGCCUCUUAACGUAACAAUCACACCUGGCAGCGACAUGACCACUACCGGCAAACCAACAACCAUGUCUGAAAACAAGACGACCACACCCGGGAACGAGGCGGCUACGCCUUGUAACAAGACGGCCACAGCCGGCAACAAGAUGGCCCCGCCUGUUAACGUAAAGAUCACACCUGGAAACAAGAUGGCCUCGCCUGGCAAUACGACGAACACACCUGGCAGCGACACUACCACAACCAGCAACACAACAACCAUGUCUGAAAACAAGACGACCACACCCGGCAACAAGGCAGCCAUGCCUGGUAACAAGACGGCCACACCCGGCAACAAGAUGGCCCCACCUGUUAACGUAACGAUCACACCUGGCAGCGACACGACCACAACCGGCAAUACAACAACCAUGUCUGAAAACAAGACGACCACACCCGGCAACAAGGCAACUGUUCUCGGCAAAAAAACAUCCAUGCCUAGCAACACAACGACUGUGCCUGGCAGCACAGCAACGCCCUUUGACAAGAUGACCACACCCUGUAACAAUACUGCCACUUCUGGCAGCACAACAACCACGCCCCGCAACAAGAUGACCACACCUGGUAACGAGAUUACCACGCCUGGUAGCACAACAACCAUGCCCAGCAAAAAGAAGAUAACCCCUGGCAACACCAUAACCACGCCUGUCAACAAGGCGGCCACACCUUGCAACAAAAUGGCCCCGCCCGUUAACGUAACGAUCACACCUGGCAGCGACACGACCACAAAUGGCAACAAGACGCCCACACCCGGCAACAAGACGCCCACACCCGGCACCAAGACGCCCACACCCGGCAACAAGACGCCCACUUCCGACAACAAGACGCCCACUUCUGACAACAUAACACCCACGCCUGACAACAUGGCAAUCGAGCUCAGCAACAACACGGACAUGCAAUGCGACACAGAAGUUUUCCCCACCGUCCUCUUCCUCGAAUCAAUUCAAUGUCUGGAUGUUCAGUGUUGGAUAUGGAAUGACUUCCUACCCUACGCCACCAGUGGUGCCACCAUCAUGGUGACUGAUCUGCCAGAGAUAAAAUACGAUGUUUACCAUGCUACUUCGAUCAUACAAGUUUUGGAGAAGUUUGGCAACAUCCAAUGUGAAAAAUGCUUCAUCCUUCCUGACAACACGGCGUUUUUAACCAUGACGGCCAAUAGGAUGGCAUCCCUGAUUGAGGCGCUGGUGAUGGAAGCCUCCUUGAACUUCAAAACCGUCCGCUUUCACCUUCUGAAGGAAAACGCCCUUGAAUCUCCGAUCGACUUCUAUAAACAUCUUCUGCGCUGGAGUAAAAAGCUUUAUGAUGAGUCUACAUUGGAGUACAGACUGGUGUUCAUCAGCAACAUUCCUUAUUGCAAAUCCUCGAUGGACGACAUCCAUAAAGGCCUCAUCAAUACCGGAGGAGUCAGGCACUACCUGCCGAUGAUUGGCAAGAUAUUUGUAGAAUUUGUCACGGUGGAGGAUGCAGACCGAUUCGGUGUCUGGCUGUCCACAUUUCCACUGAGCUGGGAAAUCCAUAUCUCGCGUCCUGGCCUCGACCAACACAAGGCAGGGCGUGAAGAUGCGUUCUUGAUGGCGGUGGCCAACCAGACCAUAUUCUAUCCCACCCUGUCCCCCCAGUUCUACACCCCUGCACACAGGACGGUGAACGGACCAGAAGACCUUGAGCGGGCGGGGAAACAUUUGACUAGGCAGAGCGUCAUGGUGACAGGGCUGGCGUUAGGCUCCUACCGCCACAUGGACCUCGUGGAUAAGGUGUGGCCUUACUUCGUGGAGAAGGACAUCAGCCGUGUGUACUACUGCGUAGUGAUACUACCUCUGCAGAGAAGGGCCUUCAUCCACUUUGACGACGCCUUGAAGUGUAAGGAGUUUGUCUCCGAUUUCCUCCACAAGCCGUUCACUAUCGGAGGAUCUGACCUCACCCUCCACUUCCUCCUGGACCAUCUUGAGCCCUGCACCUCAGAGCUGCAAUUGUACAACAGACUGCUGAAAUGGACUAAUGUGCUGUCUCGGAGGGCUCGUCACCAGGAGGGGCUGAUACUGAAGGAGAUGGAUUACUGCAGCAGGAAAGAGCUGAGGUGCAUCUUUGACCACUUGACGAACAAAGCACGCAUCAACUGGGUCAGCUUCCUAGUCCUCGCCAACCGGGUGGUUUUCCGGCUCGUUGUGGGACGACCCGAUAUUAACAGGAUGUCCAAAGUGUUGAAUAAGCUCAAUGGUAAAAAGGGGAGGACUCCAGUUCAAUAUGGGACCAAUCGGGAGGUUGUAGACAAAGUGUGGAAAUCGGUAAAGGAUUUCACGUCAGGCAUUCAGAAAAUAGAUGUCAGGACAGUGAUCAACAGUCCCCAGCAUGCAAAGUCUGGCCAAUCGCCACCGGACCCCUCAGCGCCAGGCCCCUCAGCGCCUGGCCCCUCAGCGCCUGGCCCCUCAGCGCCUGGCCCCUCAGCGCCUGGCCCCUCAGGUCCUGGCCCCUCAGCUCCUGGCCCCUCAGCUCCUGGCCCCUCAGGUCCUGGCCCCUCAGCUCCUGGCCCCUCAGGUCCUGGCCCCUCAGCGCCUGGCCCCUCAGGUCCUGGCCCCUCAGCGUCUGGCCCCUCAGGUCCUGGCCCCUCAGGUCCUGGCCCCUCAGGUCCUGGCCCCUCAGCGCCUGGCCCCUCAGCGCCUGGCCCCUCAGGUCCUGGCCCCUCAGGUUCUGGCCCCUCAGGUCCUGGCACCUUAGCAGCUGGCCCCUCAGGUCCUGCUCUCCUAACCCCCGUGGCCCCUGCAGAACUCGGCGCCUCAGCCCACGACCAGGACUGGCCCCCGGGCUCCGGCCCCCAUCCUCCAGCCCUGAGUCAGGAGAUGUGCCGCUUCUUUGCUACGGCCAUCCGCAAGCAUCGCCAGGCCAGAGUCGAACAGGAAGUGAGACGAGGUGGACAGGAAGGAAGCCAGAGAGAGGAAACCCAAGAGGAGCAGAAGACCAAGGAAACCCAAGAGGAGGAGCAGAAGACCAAGGAAACCCCAGAGGAGGAGCAGAAGACCAAGGAAACCCAAGAGGAGGAGCAGAAUACCAAUGGGCAGAGCAUCAAGGAGGAGCAGAGCAUCAAGGAGGAGCAGAGCAUCAAAGAGAAGAACAGCAAGGAACCUUCAGAGGUGGAGCAGGGUACCGAGGAGCAGAGCAACAAGGCCCCCACUGAAGGGGCGGACAACAAGGGGCCCGCUGUAGAGGUGGGGGCUCCUGAGCUGGAUCAGCGACGAUAUAAGAGAGGUCACCCCAGUCCCGUGCCGCCAGCGACCACGCCGCUGUCAACCAGACGCUCCACCAGGCACUCCACCCCCUCCAUGAAGAGGGAAAGCCCUGGGGAGCUACCAGUGGAGAAGGCAGUCCCGGUGCCUCCCGUGACUAAGGGCAGAGGAAGGAAGGCCAAAACCCCUACGAGGAAGGACGGCAAGCGGAGUCCAGAGGAAACCGUGUUUGAGGUGUUGGAUUCCAUCGGGGGCGACGUGGUGGAAGACGCGCCAGCGGCAGAACAACCAGGUCGACCCCGACAGGGGCUAGCGAACAAUGACCCAACGCCUGAAAAAGAUGGAAAGGUAGUACCUGACGACACUCCUGAAGGAACGCACGGCAAGCAGGAGCAAGUCAAGAAGGAAGAGGAGGUGGCCCGUCAAGUCAUGGAGGAGCCACAAGGUGACGAGCAGCCUGCUGCCGGAAAGAGAAGGAGUGGACGAGGGAGGAAAGAGGAGGUGGCGGUCUCUGGGACCUCCAAAAUGGCCGCCAAAGAAGGUCAACAGAGGGUGAAGGACUUGGAGGAGGUGUACCAGGUGGUGGACUCAGUGGCGGGCGAGGAGGAACCGGCUCCAGUGGAGGAACAGCUGCCAGGGUUAGAGCCUAGGAGGGGGAAGAGAGGUGGUAAGUUUGCGGGGAGUGACUCCGAGACAGAAGACAAAGCAGCAAAGAAGAUGAAAACCACGGAGCAAACGGUGCCGCCCAAAGUAAAGGAGGGUGUUGGAGCAAAGAAGGCGAUGGACGGAAGGAAGAAGGAGAGGCAGGAGCAGGAGGAGAACGCUCUGGUGUGUCAGGAUGAGGUCAGUGAGGAAGAGGAGGACUACCCCGACGAUUCAGUUGAGGAGGAAGAGCUGAGGAAGAGGCAGGCAGUUGAGGAGAGGAGGAGAGAGGAAGAGGAGGAGAGGAAGCUGGGAGAAGGGAUGGAGGGGCUGGUGACCCUAGAUGAGCUUGGAGAGGAGGAGGGGGAUGAGGAAGAGGUUGGUCCUGGAGGACAGGAAGAGAGUGGAAGAAGAGCGGAGGGGAUCACAGAAAAAGAGCUGCAGGCGUUGGUCACUCUGGACGAGAUUGUUGAGGAGGAACAGGAAGGGGAGGAGCCAACACAUUCAGAGCCCCUUCCAGACGACCAAUUGAGGGCCAGGUUGAAUACUGAGACGGUCUGUGAUGAAGAGAAAGCGUCUUCCUCCAUCGUUGGUGAAUGUAAACAAAGCGAGGAGCAAGCAGAGGAGUGUGUGAGCUUCGUGACCUUGGACGAGGUGGGAUACGAGGAGGAGGAGUUGACACAGCCACGCAGCAAAAGAGGUAGACAGGCUACAGAGAGGAAAUGCACCAGGAGAGAACAACAACCAGCAACGGCUAAACCCUCUGGAGAGGAAUCCCCGCCCAUCCCGGCUCACGCUACCUCCCUAUUGGCCGGCGAGCCCGGGGCUGUUAUGAGCGUCAAAGGAGCAGAGCCAAUGGCAGAAAGCCCCGCCCGGGAUGGUGAAGAGACUGGGUCGGAGGAGACGAGGCUUCUGAGGAAAGCGUCCAGUAAAGCGAGGAGGAAGGAGGAAGGGGUGGAGCCUAAGAGAGUCCGCUCUCACUCUCCCUCCGUGGCCAAUGACUACACCCUGCCCGCCUUCACCCCCAACAACCCCCUUGGGUCGGAGCAUGUGGUUCCUGGGUUCUACUGUAAUCUGUGUUCUGUGUUCUACAAAAACGAGACCAGCGCCAGGACACUCCACUGCAGCCGCUUGGGUCACUACAACAACCUGAAGAAGUAUUACCAGGGUCUCCAAGAGGAACAAUCCAGGAGCCAAUCAGGGGGCUCUACUGCUGGCAUCUCCCCCAAAUGACUCUAGCCCCGCCCACAAACAACCGUCUCUUCAUUGGUUUCACCGGAAUAUGGAGGAGCCUCAUCUACGUUGUUCAAUCAUUUUUUAUAUCGUUUUGAGUGUGUGAAGAAGGAGAUGAGUUUGUUUAGCGCCAAAAGAAAAGGACGAUGUGUACUCUGACCGUUCAGACUACAGAAGGACAGAGGUCUGCACUUCCCAGGUCGUUAUUAGAUGGCGUUCAAGAUAUAGAAGACGCCGCUGGUCUUACUUUUUACUUACUUUUUACUACUUUUUACUUUUUACAGGAGCCAUCAUGGUGGGACCGCUUUAUUAAAGUUCUCUAUGUAUUAAACUAUGUUAUGUUCAAUGAUUUCAAAUAACAAUGUUAAAUAAAAGUCAACAAAAAUUUAA